AUGCCAAGACUAUAUACUAGGAAGACUGAAAAAGCAAAAUGGACAGCAGAACAAUUACAAGCGGCUAUACUUGCCAUUAACUCAGGUCGGAAAAUUCGUGAUGUUGGUCGAACUUUUGGUAUUGCAGAAUCAACACUUCGAGGUAGACUUAAAAAUCAAAAUUAUGGUAAACCUAAACUUGGUAGAAAACCAACAUUUUCUUAUGAGGUUGAAAAAGAAUUGACGAAACAUGUAUUAAAACUGUCUAAAUACUUGUAUGGUUUAACACCAACUGAAUUAAGACGACUUGCUUAUGGAUAUGUUGUUGAAAAUAGCAUUGAACACAGAUUUUGCAGCUUAACAAAAUCAGCUGGAUAUGACUGGCUAGAACUAUUUCUAAAAAGAAAUCCCGAAAUAAGUUUACGCACUCCAGAAGGUACCAGUUUAAACAGAGUUUCAUCAUUAAAUGAAACUAAUGUACGAUUAUUUUAUAAAAACCUAGAGGAAACAAUGGACAAGUUCAAACUGAAUGAUAAAUGUACUAGAAUUUUUAAUGUUGACGAAACGGGAAUUACAACUGUUCAAAAACCAUAA